AUGUGGGAAUCUGAGAGUGAUUCAGCUGCUAGACACAAAUAUGGAGAUGGAAUUCUCACUUCAAACAAACAUACUGUUAAGACUCAAGGAUUUCUUCAAAGAGGUCACUCUUGGUAUGUUGCAACUGAUAUUCCAAGUGAUUUUCUUGUUCAAAUUGGAGAAGCUAAUUUCCACUUACACAAGUAUCCUCUAAUAUCUCGAAGUGGAAAGAUGAGUAGAAUCAUAUACGAAUCGCGCGAAGCCGAUGUGAAUAAGAUAGUUAUGAAUGAUAUUCCGGGUGGAUUUGAGGCAUUUGAACUUGCAGCUAAGUUUUGUUAUGGAAUUGCUGUUGAUUUGACGGCCGGAAAUAUCUCAGGACUAAGAUGUUCGGCUGAGUAUUUAGAAAUGACGGAAGAUUUAGAAGAAGGGAAUCUUAUAUUCAAAACUGAAGCAUUUCUUAGCUAUGUUGUUUUAUCGUCAUGGAGAGAUUCUAUAGUAGUUUUGAAAAGCUGCGAAAAGCUUUCACCGUGGUCGGAGAAUCUUCAAAUUGUUCGAAGAUGCAGCGAGUCCAUAGCUUGGAAAGCUUGUGCUAAUCCAAAAGGGAUAAGGUGGUCUUACACUGGAAGAACAUCGUCGAAAAUUUCAAGUCCGAGAUGGAAUAGCAAUAGUAAUAGUAAUGAUAUGAUGAAAGAUGCGACGAGUCCGAGUAGGAAUCAACUAGUUCCUCCUGAUUGGUGGUUUGAAGAUGUUUCGAUUCUUAGGAUUGAUCAUUUUGUUAGAGUCAUUACUGCUAUUAAGGUAAAGGGAAUGAGAUUUGAGUUAAUUGGUGCUGCAAUAAUGCAUUAUGCAACCAAAUGGCUACAAGGGUUGGUUAGUGAAACAACAAUCACAUUCGAUGAAACGAGCAAUUACGGUAUCAGUAAUAGUCAUAGUAGUAGUAGUGGUAGCGGUAGUAACUGGAUUAAAGGCGGCGGUGGUGGACUUCAUAUGAUUGUAUCGGGCGGAACAAGAGACGAAACUUCAACUAUUCAAGCUAAAGAACAGAGAAUGAUCAUUGAGAGUCUCAUAAGCAUUAUUCCUCCUCAGAAAGAUACGGUUUCGUGCACUUUUCUUCUCAGGCUUCUGAGAAUGGCAAUCAUGUUAAAAGUUGCACCUGCAUUGGUUACUGAAUUAGAGAAAAGAGUUGGAAUGCAAUUCGAGCAAGCUACACUUUCUGAUCUUUUGAUUCCUUGUUAUAAUAAAGGAGAAACAAUGAUGUAUGAUGUUGAUCUUGUUUUGAGGCUACUUGAGCAUUUUCUUGUUCAAGAACAAACCGAAAGUUCUAGUCCAACAAGACAGUCGAUUUCCGAGAAACAUUUAGGAAGUAACCUUAAUGCAAAAGCAAGAGUAGCAAGACUUGUUGAUAGCUAUCUUACAGAAGUUUCAAGAGAUCGAAACCUUUCAUUGACAAAAUUUCAAGUACUUGCUGAAGCUUUACCAGAAUCGGCUAGAACCUGCGAUGAUGGACUUUAUAGAGCUAUUGAUUCCUAUCUUAAGGCACAUCCGACACUAUCUGAGCACGAAAGGAAACGACUCUGUCGCGUAAUGGAUUGUCAGAAACUCUCAAUUGACGCAUGCAUGCACGCGGCACAAAACGAAAGGCUUCCAUUAAGAGUAGUUGUGCAAGUCCUAUUCGCGGAACAGGUAAAGAUAAGUACGGCACUAUCCAAUCCUUCUUUGAAAGAUGUUGAAACCUUUACUCAACCAAUGGUUACAAACCGAAAAACGCUACUCGAGGCGACUCCGCAAUCGUUCCAAGAAGGAUGGGAAGCUGCUAAAAAAGAUGUCAACACACUAAAAUUUGAGCUGGAGAGUGUGAAAGCUAAGUACUUGGAGCUUCAAAAUGAUAUGGAAAAUUUGCAGAAACAAUUUGAUAAGAUGUUAAAGCAGAAGCAAAGUUCAGCUUGGAGUAGUGGUUGGAAGAAGUUGAGCAAACUAACAAAGAUGACAAAUGUGCAAAACCAUGAUCAUGAUACUUUGCCUCGGAGUAAUAAUUUAGCUUCUGUUGAACAGAACAGAAAGAGUACUAGAAGAUGGAGAAAUUCAAUAUCUUGA